AGCCGGCAGCGCCCGCCGCGGAGGCGGAGGACCCGCACUGCGGCAGCGGACCGGUGCACCGGCCACCAUGCGCGCCCCGGGCUGCGGGCGCCUGGCGCUGCCGCUGCUGCUGCUCGCGGCGGCCGCCUGGGCCCAGAGCGACGCCAAGGGGCUCCGGGAGGGCGAGACCCCCGGCAACUUCAUGGAGGACGAGCAAUGGCUGUCGUCCAUCUCGCAGUACAGCGGCAAGAUCAAGGACUGGAACCGCUUCCGAGACGAGGUGGAGGACGAUUACAUCAAGAGCUGGGAGGACAGUCAGCAAGGAGAUGAAGCCCUGGACACCACCAAGGACCCCUGCCAGAAGGUCAAGUGCAGCCGCCAUAAGGUGUGCGUCGCCCAGGGUUUCCAGCGGGCCAUGUGCAUCAGCCGCAAGAAGCUGGAGCACAGGAUCAAGCAGCCUGCCCUGAAACCCCAUGCAAACAAAGAGACCGCCUGCAAGCCCUGCCACAUGGCCCAGCUGGCCUCCGUCUGCGGCUCUGACGGCCACACUUACAGCUCCGUGUGUAAGCUGGAGCAGCAGGCCUGCCUGAGCAGCAAGCAGCUGGCGGUGAGAUGUGAGGGCCCCUGCCCCUGCCCCACGGAGCCGGCCGCCAGCUCCACCACGGAUGGCAAAGCAGAGAUCUGCACGGGCCAGGACCUGGCCGACCUGGGGGAUCGUCUGCGGGACUGGUUCCAGCUCCUCCACGAGAACUCCAAGCAGAACGGCUCAGCCAGCGGCGGAGGCGGCCCGGCCGGCGGCCUGGACAAGGUCCUGGGGGCCAGCUGCAAGGACUCCAUCGGCUGGAUGUUCUCCAAGCUGGACACCAGCGCCGACCUCUUCCUGGACCAGUCGGAGCUGGCUGCCAUCAACCUGGACAAGUAUGAGGUCUGCAUCCGCCCUUUCUUCAACUCCUGCGACACCUACAAGGACGGCCGUGUCUCCACCGCCGAGUGGUGCCUCUGCUUCUGGCGGGAAAAGCCCCCCUGCCUGGCGGAGCUGGAGCGCAUCCAGAUCCAGGAGGCCGCCAAGAAGAAGCCAGGAGUCUUCAUCCCGAGCUGCGACGAGGACGGCUACUACCGCAAGAUGCAGUGCGAGCGGAGCGGCGGCGACUGCUGGUGCGUGGACCAGCUGGGCCAGGAGCUGAGCGGCACCCGCACGCGCGGCAGCCCCGACUGCGACGACGUCGUGGGCUUCUCGGGGGACUUCGGGAGCGGCGUCGGCUGGGAGGACGAGGAGGAGAAGGAGCCGGAGGAGGCCGGCGAGGAGGCCGAGGCCGAGGAGGAGGAGGGCGAGGCGGGCGAGGCGGACGACGGAGGCUACAUCUGGUAGACGGCCCGGGGCCGCGGCGGGGCAGGCAGAGACCCGGCACAGCAGGCGGCCCACGGACCGAUCCGGGAAGCACAGCGGGAGGACCGGCUCCACCUGGAGGGCGAGUGUGAGUGUGCCUGUGCGUGUGCGUGUGCGUGUGCGUGUGCGUGCGCGUGCGUGUGUGUGUGUGUGUGUGUUUGUGUGUGUGUGUAGCAUGUGCUGACAAACCUGUCCUUGGUGCACACUGCUCCUGGGGACCAAACACCCUUUGGCCUCCUUGUUAUUUUCGUUCCACUUGUUGGUUUUAAAACAUACCCGUUCACACACGUAUACCCACUGCAAGGUCAAAAUUGAUGAACCUGGAUGCCCCACUAGCCACGCCCCCUGGCCGCAUCCAGGCUGCCUGGCACCCCGGUCCUGAGUGGCUGCCCUCCGCCGGCCAGCCCUGACUCCCCCUGCUCCUGCCCGCCCUUCUCCCUCCGCCUUGGGGGUCAAGCUCUAGCCUGCUGGCAGGUCCCACUGCAGAGGGGAGGGCGGGCAAGAAGCUGUCUGCGGGCUGGGGCCUUCCCAAAGCUCGGCCAGUUUGGCCAUGACC